AUCCCCUCCAUAUGACCAGUGUUUUAAAAUAUGCAGUAAAAUCCAAUUAGUUCUUUUUCAGAUUCUUCAGUGAAAAGUAAUUGAUGUCAAUAUAAAGUUCUACAUAGUUUUGAAAUCAAAAAGAGAUUGAGUGAACGGCAUGGUAUAAAAUAUCAAGAUUAAACCAAAUUGUUUUCUAUUAACGAAAACUAAAUCGAUCUUUGAUCGAAUAUUAACUAAUUUACACAGUUCAAAACAAAUUUUUUAAUGCAAACAAAAUUAUUUACUGACUUCAAUUAUGUUUGUUGGAAAACGUAGAAACUUUGAUUUAAGUAUUUAAUGGAAAAUAAAAUUAACUUCAAGAGUUUCUAUGAUAAUAUCAUAUUCUAUUAAUAGACAUACAAUAACUAUAAAGAUAUAAAUAAAUUAAGUAACAUGGAAUCUAACAAAAAUACUCUUCCAGUCCAAAAUGCAGCUGAUAUUUCUGGUUAUACAAAAAUAUACACCAUCUCCCAGGUUAUUGGAAUUGUAAUAAUUUUAGCAAUGUAUUAUUGGCUUGAGUUUUACCGUGGUGGAUUUGGUUUUGGAGCAAAGGUUAUAUUCAAUUGGCAUCCAUUGCUUAUGACGAUUGGUUUUAUUUUUUUCUUUGCUAAUUCUAUUUUGCAUUAUCGGACAUUUAGAAACAAUAAGAAGUCUACAUUGAAAAAUCAACAUGCAAUUAUACAUGGUGUAAUUAUUAUACUUGUAUUGCUAGCAGCAUGGGCUGCAAUUGCUUCGCACAUUUAUGCCAGUCCUCCAAUACCUAAUUUCUACAGUCUACACAGCUGGAUAGGAAUAAUUACAACGCUUAUGUUUCUUUGUCAAUUUAUUGGAGGAUUUGUCUCUUUUCUGUACCCUGGUAUAUCAGUUCAAUAUAGAGAAUCACUUAUGCCAUACCAUGUAUACUUUGGUGUAUUAAACUUUGCAUUAGCAAUUGGAACUUCAGUCUUAGGACUUGGUGAAAAAGUUAUAUUUGCUUUAGACAAAGAAUAUAAGCAUUUACCUGCAGAAGCAUUUGUUGUAAAUAUCCUUGGAAUUGUAAUUGCUGCUUAUGGAGCAAUUGUAAUUUAUCUAGUUACUAAAUCACAGUACAAAAGAAUUCCCAAUGCAGAAUCUGGAGUAUUAUUGACAGGUGCUUUAGAAUAAUUAAAAUUUAAUUAUAAUAAUUAGUAUUGUAAAAUUUAUCUAAUGAAUAUAUUAAAUUGUUCUAAAGACUUAUAUUAAUUAUUCUAUUUUAAAAUAUUUUUUUUA